AUUUGACCAGAACUGAACUUCAUGUUCAAAGACUGCAGUGAUGACUUUAUAUUAGUGAAGUUUGUCAGUUAAAAAAGAAAGAUUUCACUGUUGUGGGAAAAAGUGCUUUUGCCUGCUGUGACUAUUUGCUCUGAUUCUCAGCGUCUUGUGUGCUUCUUCUUCUUUCUCUUCACACAAAGUCGUAGAAGUUUUCAGACGUGUCACAGCUGGAUGUGAGGAUGGGACCCACUUUCCUCUGUGAGCUGGGCCUAUUCUUUCUCUGUACGCUCCUCUGCAGCGGACACGCUCAAGAUGCUGUGCUAACUGUUGAACCCAGCUCGACCAUUUUCAUUGGAGAGACUGUUAGCUUCAAAUGUGACAUGAAGGAAGGAAAACACACUGACUGGGAAUACAAAAUUAUCAUGGACGGUCGAGAAAUUUUCAACUCCAACACAAACAAAGGCCUCAGAUUAAAAGUUGCAUCUACAGCUCAGAGUGGUAAAUACAGCUGCUCUGCUCACAGGAAGAGCUCACAGAAUACAAAGAACAGUAACACUGUCUCUGUAACUGUGAAGGCAGAUAAACCCAGGGCCACACUGACUCCAGGAUCAACUAUCAUACCAGUAGGGGGCAGUGUGACACUGACCUGCUCUGUGGGGAGCUCUGCUGGCUGGAAAUAUGAGUGGUUCAGACGUGACCCAAACACUGAAGUUCAAAUCAGAACAGAUGAUCAACAAAACAGAGUAAUCAGAGUAUCUCAAGGAGAAAUCUACCGCUGCAGAGGAAGAAGAGGAAACCCAGAUUACUACACUGAUAAAAGUGAUGAUGUCACCAUUGAGAUAACCCUUUCCAAUAAGGUUGUUGUAAAAGGACGACCCAGCUGGCCUCAGAUAUUCAGCGGUGAGACGAUCAGUCUGACAUGUGAGGUGCAGGAAGGAGGUGAAACCACUGAGUGGGAGUAUAGAUGGAGAGGACCCCACCAAACCACACAGUGGACUCACAAUAAUUACUGGAUAUUCAAUGUUUCUGAGUCCAGCAGUGGAGACUACAUGUGUAAGAGUCGACGCAGAGAUGACUCAUAUUCUUCAACAGAGUGGAGUGAAGCCUUCAACUUGUCAGCAUCAAAUGCUGUGCUAACUGUUGAACCCAGCUCGACCAUUUUCAUCGGAGAGACUGUUAGCUUCAAAUGUGACAUGAAGGAAGGAGAACACACUGACUGGGAAUACAAAAUUAUCAUGGACGGUCGAGAAAUUUUAAACUCCAACACAAACAAAGGUCUCAGAUUAAAAGUUGCAUCUACAGCUCAGAGUGGUAAAUACAGCUGCUCUGCUCACAUGAAGAGCUCACAGAAUACAAAGAACAGUAACACUGUCUCUGUAACUGUGAAGGCAGGUAAACCCAGGGCCACACUGACUCCAGGAUCAACUAUCAUACCAGUAGGGGGCAGUGUGACACUGACCUGCUCUGUGGGGAGCUCUGCUGGCUGGAAAUAUGAGUGGUUCAGACGUGACCCAAACACUGAAGUUCAAAUCAGAACCGAUAAUCAACAAAACAGAGUAAUCAGAGUAUCUGAAGGAGGAAUCUACCACUGCAGAGGAAGAAGAGGAAACCCAGAUUACUACACUGAUAAAAGUGAUGAUGUCACCAUUGAGAUAACCUUUUCCAAUAAGGUUGUUGUAAAAGGACGACCCAGCUGGCCUCAGAUAUUCAGCGGUGAGACCAUCAGUCUGACAUGUGAGGUGCAGGAAGGAGGUGAAACCACUGAGUGGGAGUAUAGAUGGAGAGGACCCAACCAAACCACACAGUGGACUCACAAUAAUUACUGGACAUUCAAUGUUUCUGAGUCCAGCAGUGGAGACUACAUGUGUAAGAGUCGACGCAGAGAUGACUCAUAUUCUUCAACAGAGUGGAGUGAAGCCUUCAACUUGUCAGUAUCAACAGGUAAACCCAGGGCCACACUGACUCCAGGAUCAACAAUCAUACCAGUAGGGGGCAGUGUGACACUGACCUGCUCUGUGGGGAGCUCUGCUGGCUGGAAAUAUGAGUGGUUCAGACGUGACCAAAACACUGACGUUCAAAUCAGAACAGAUGAUCAACAAAACAGAGUAAUCAGAGUAUCUCAACGAGGAAUCUACCACUGCAGAGGAAGAAGAGGAAACCCAGAUUACUACACUGAUAAAAGCAAUGAUGUCACCAUUGAGAAAACCUUUUCCAAUAAGGUUGUUGUAAAAGGACGACCCAGCUGGUCUCAGAUAUUCAGCGGUGAGACCAUCAGUCUGACAUGUGAGGUGCAGGAAGGAGGUGAAACCACUGAGUGGGAGUAUAGAUGGAGAGGACCCAACCAAACCACACAGUGGACUCACAAUAAUUACUGGAUAUUCAAUGUUUCUGAGUCCAGCAGUGGAGACUACAUGUGUAAGAGUCGACGCAGAGAUGACUCAUAUUCUUCAACAGAGUGGAGUGAAGCCUUCAACUUGUCAGUAUCAACAGGUAAACCCAGAGCCACUCUGACUCCAGGAUCAACAAUCAUACCAGUAGGGGGCAGUGUGACACUGACCUGCUCUGUGGGGAGCUCUGCUGGCUGGAAAUAUGAGUGGUUCAGACGUGACCCAAACACUGACGUUCAAAUCAGAACAGAUGAUCAACAAAACAGAGUAAUCAGAGUAUCUGAAGGAGGAAUCUACAGCUGCAGAGGAAGAAGAGGAAACCCAGAUUACUACACUGAUAAAAGCAAUGAUGUCACCAUUGAGAAAACCUUUUCCAAUAAGGUUGUUGUAAAAGGACGACCCAGCUGGCCUCAGAUAUUCAGCGGUGAGACGAUCAGUCUGACAUGUGAGGUGCAGGAAGGAGGUGAAACCACUGAGUGGGAGUAUAGAUGGAGAGGACCCAACCAAACCACACAGUGGACUCACAAUAAUUACUGGAUAUUCAAUGUUUCUGAGUCCAGCAGUGGAGACUACAUGUGUAAGAGUCGACGCAGAGAUGACUCAUAUUCUUCAACAGAGUGGAGUGAAGCCUUCAACUUGUCAGCAUCAACAGUGCCCAGGACUGGAAACUCUUCAUUUCCUGCUCUGUUGAUCGUUGGACUCAUCUGUGGACUUUUACUGAUUCUUCUUCUGCUGUUGUGUCGCUUCAUACAGUCAAAGGAUUCAUGUUUUGCCAGCACAAAUCAAACCAUAAACCAAACAAUUAACCAGGAUGACGCUCGAGACAGCCAACAUGCUUCUCCUCACCAAGGUGAUGCUUGUCUCUAUGAAUCAGUCAAAGACCAUGAUGACACAGAUAAUGUUGAAUCUGGGGAUGUCACAUAUUCUUUGAUUGAGUUUAAAAACAUCACUCAAAAAGAUGACAGCCUGUUGUAUGCAGAGGUCUCCCACAAGAGAGCUAAAGCCAAGAGAAACAAGGAAAAAUCAGCCUCUGCAGCAGCUGAAGAAGUCACUUAUUCUGAAGUCAAGUCACAACCAGCUCUUGAUUACAGCCUGUUGUAUGCAGAGGUCUCCCACAACAGAGGUAAAGUCAAGAUACAUAAAGGGAAAUCAGCCCCUGCAGCAGCUGAUGAAGCAGUUUAUUCUGAAGUCAAAUCAAAACCAGCUCUUAGUAAUACAGAAAUAAAAUAGCUUACAUACUGUGAUUUGUUGUUGUAAUGAUUAACUCAGAGUGAACUGAGUCCCAAAUCACCUUUAAACACUGAAUAAUUCUGCAUCGAUUCUUCUAGAUCAUGUGUCUGCAAAACCAACUAAAUGUAGCAAAAGCAAAAUUUAAUUCAUUUGAAUUUAACAGUACUGGAAGAAAGAAGAAGAACAACAAAAGAUUUCAAUUAACUUUUUUAUGAAAAGUUUUCUUUCAUUGAAAAAUAGGCAGCAGCAGCAAGUGAUAGUGUGGCGUUUGGAUCGGGAUCUUUCCACUUUCACACAAUUUAUUGAACUGCAUAUUGUAAACACACACGGCAGACCAGGUGGCAUUUUGAUCACUUUUAUUAAUACUUUGACGGUUGCUGGACACACACAGAGCUGCAGCUCAACACAACAACCACAACAACAUCGUUAACCAAAACUUUGAACUUUUAAGCCAGCGAGGCGUGAUCACACCUGCGCGGCAUCGUAAACCACGCCCCGCCACACAUAUAUUGUUACAUCUAUAUUUACAGAUCUUUCCUUUGCUUUUUGCAAAUCAGCAUUUUUGUUCCUCUUGUUUUUAAAAAUAGUUUUGUACAUUAAUAACAUUUUAUAUUUGUUUAUUUCAUAUUUGAUAAGCUACCGUCAAAUUUUUUAUUCUGUUAUCUCAUUUUGUGUGUCAUUUAAACAAUGUAACUUUUAUUAUA